CUUGUCCAUAUUCAUCCUUUGUUGUCUUUGUUUUUUUCUUGUCUUCGUCUCAUUCUCGAAAUUCGAGAAUUUGUAGAAAGGUUAUGUUUUGAACAUUUUAAGCCAUAGUUUUCAAUACUUCUGAGACGCGAGCAGUUUCCUUCCUAAAAAAUGAAGAAAGGAUCUUCUUUAGAGUUUACAGAAAACUUCUAUGUAGUUGAAUUUAAUGACGGGUUAGCACUAGUUCCUAAUAACUGGUUGCGGAUAUCCGAUCAAAAGCAACAGAUUUGUUUCUAUCCAAAUUACGAUGUGAAAAAGAGGCUGAAUAAGACUAUACAGAGUAAAGAAAUACCGGAUUUAAAAAAUGUAAAAGCUGGUUGGAUGAUGUAUGACGUUCUACGCAUUUUUGCUUCAGCAGAUACUUUUGAACGAGGCCAAGAAAAGUUAACGAUGGCUGAAAGUAUAUCCGAUAUAAAUACUGAGGAUGAAGAAAAUAUAAAACAAACACGGCAUGAUAGAGCUGCUGCAAAAAAUUUAACGUCAUCUGACGAUGAAUCUUCUGGUGCAGAAGUGGAUUCUAGUCUACUAUCUCCUUUACCAGAUCCGAAAGAAUUUUCUGGAUCACAAUUGUUUCGUUCGAAAAAAUCUGCACAGAUUUUGGCGACCUAUGAACAUCCGAUCAUUUCAUCCGAAAAAAUCGAAAUAAUUAAAACUCAUAAGAAAAAACAGAGUCUUCAACAAGAAAUUGAAGUUAUUGCUAAACGUAAGAAAACAGAGUUGGAAGAUAACAAUGAAGGAGGUUUUAUCGAUGAAGAUAAUGUUCAUUCCAUCGAUGAAUAUAAUAAAGAAACAACACAUCUAAAUAAAAAUAAUGAAGAUCAAUUUCAGAAAGGUUAA